AUGGGCUGUGUAUCUCUUUCACAGAAGGGUUUUCUGGCUUUUCUUGUUGUAAUGGGCAUUGUGGUGACGCUGGGUGAUGCAUACUGCUUUUCCCGACUCUACAAGCCAGGACAGGCCACCAAUGGCUGUUUGUUGGGUGGAAAACUACACCCUUUUGGACGGAUUGAGAGGACAGAAGAUUGCUACAGUUGCAGCUGCAACCAAAAUGGAGUAGAUUGCUGCUCACUCUUUCAUACUCCUAUUGGUUAUGACAAAGAGAACUGUAAAGUUGUUUUCAACAAGAAAACUUGUGACUAUGAUGUGGUGCAGAAGAGUGACCCCUCAAAAGAGUGUUUCAUCUAUUCUCGUGUGGGCUAACUAUUUACCGGCUCCA